CAGCAUAAUAUUAUGAGUUAAAUCGUUACUACACAACGCUCCUAGGUGCAGGAGAAAGAAAAGUGGCUCAUCGGAACCAAUACGUCAUGGCCGAAAACCUGCGUAUAUAUUUGCUGAACACAACCUUGGCUAGCAUCGAUCAGGAAACGACCUUAAAUUUCACGUCGAACAUGUCAGACGUUUCUGAAACCGAAUGGCAAAAAUAUGUUCCAGGAACGGGUGCAUGGAGCGCCAGUGCUUCGGCAAAAGCCAAUUUAUUCUACAUUGUUUGCUAUCCGAUUCUGUUGGCGCUGUGCACAAUUGGAAACAGCCUGAAUUUAACAGUUCUCUUUAGCGAAAAACGGAAGACCAGCACUAAUUGCUACAUGACCGCCAUGGCGGUUGGAGAUCUUGUUUAUGUGUGGGCACGGUUGUUGAGGUAUAACACAUUUGCCAGUAGGAUUACGAAGAUUUCGUAUAACCACAACGCAUCUGACGCCGUAUAUCCGUUUGUGUAUUAUGCACAAAAAUGGAGCACGUGCUUCAGUGACUGGGUCCUGAUCGCAUUUUCCCUGGAACGCCUUGCGGUCGUUUUCCGUCCACUGCAGACUAGGUGGCUGGUGCGGCCUUUAACGGCGCGUUGUGUAAUAGUUGGUCUGUUCAUUUUGGCGGGAAUUUUGCACGCCGAGCGCUUUGUCACAGAGCAUAUUCGCUAUAUCAAUAAUGGACUUCCGGAUGCUAUUCUGAAGUGGCUACUUCCGUGGACGGAUACCAUAGACAUUAUAGACACAAUAGUAAUUCUGGGAAAUUUUUUUGGUGUGUUGCUGAUCGACAGCUUUCUAAUCGCGGCCAUCAAACGACAAGAGAAUUCGGCGGUCGGUAAAAUGCGCUCGAUUCAGGCUACCAAGUCCACAACACAGAGCCGCAACAGCAAUAUCGUCCUGCUGGCCGACGUGGGACUGUACCUCUUCUCCUCCUUUCCCAACAUCGUAUACACCUGUUUAUUGGAGGCGGACAACUAUCAAAUGUUCUACUUUCACGUAACCGCACAAAUUGCCGGCAAUCGCAUUUGCACCAUCUUACAACUGUGUAACUAUUCACUGCGUUUCUUUCUCUACUUGAUGGUCAGUCAAAAAUACCGAAACGAUUUCGUUAAAGUCUUUGGCCCUCUUUGUUGUCCUGCGUGGACUCAAGAACACUGGAAAUCCUUGCGUGCAUUUAUGGGCAGUUGGCUCAGAGGAAAAGGUUCCGUAACACCUAGCAAGUUGUCCCCUACAUUGGAUAACAAAUCCAACGGACACCCUUCUUCUAAGAAAAAUCUAGAAAGCUCAUUAAGCACGGCAACGGUUACAAUGGAAAUGGACGAAAUGCCAAAUGACAGCAUCCCCUGGGCGACAGUAAUCAAAACCUAGAGCAAUUAAAACUGUUAAUUAGGGAUCGUCUUACCAUUAGUCACUGUCGCGUCACGCUUGAUCAUAAUCAGUUAAAUUAUAUUUUACCGAAAUCCUAAAAUUCUUGUUUUAAUUUGUUUCAACAGUUCUGUUGAUGCAUAUUAUGCGUAUGUUAAUAAUAAAAUUAGUAGUCGUAGA